AGAGAGAGAGAGAGAGUUUGAAAAACAAAGCGAGAGCUACUUCUGAAACUCCAACCUUUCACGCUCUCGAUCUCUCCGUCUUCUCUCCUCCAUUAAAUACACGUCGCCUUCGAUCUCGGUUGGACUCCCCAUUACCUGGCAGCACCGCUGCUCGACUCUCGCCCGCAUUGCUCGAGGCUUCGCGCGAUUCCGGCUUCGCGCCUCGCUCUCUCUUUGGAAGGAUUUGAUAUUUUGGGGUCGUGUAUCCAUCAAAGAUGAGUCCAUAUCUGGCUGGCAUUCUUGUUCCUCUUGUAUUUACCCUUAUCUUCCAAAAUUCAAAGAAAGGAAAGAAGCGGGGAUUGCCUGUUGAAGUUGGUGGAGAACCUGGGUAUGCAAUUAGAAACCGUCGUUUCACAGCCCCGGUAACUAGUUGGUGGGAAGGAAUCUCGACUCUUGCAGAACUUUUUGAACAGUCAUGCAAGCAGCAUCCAAACAAACUGCUGCUUGGAACUCGGAAAUUGAUUGCAAGAGAGACUGAAGUUACUCCAGAUGGAAGAUCGUUUGAGAAGCUUCACUUGGGAGAAUAUGAAUGGCUAACAUAUGGCAGAACAUUUGAAUCUGUGUGUAACUUUGCCUCUGGUUUGGCACGGCUGGGACAUAAAAGAGGAGAACGUGCAGCAAUCUUCGCUGAUACUAGAGAAGAAUGGUUUAUAGCAUUGCAGGGCUGCUUUAGACGGAAUAUAACUGUUGUUACUAUAUAUGCAUCCCUUGGGGAGGAGGCUUUGUGUCACUCGUUGAAUGAGACAGAGGUAACAACUGUUAUUUGUGGCAAAAAAGAGCUAAAGAAGCUUGUAGACAUUUCCGGACAGCUUGAUACAGUGGAACGUGUUAUAUGUAUGGAUGAUGAGGUACCUUCUGAUGCUGCAUUGGUUGACCGGAGCACUAGCUGGAUCGUCAGUUCUUUUUCUGAUGUAGAAAGAAUUGGCCGAGAGAACCCUGUUGAUGCUGAUUUACCACUCUCUUCUGAUGUAGCUGUCAUAAUGUAUACCAGUGGGAGUACUGGUUUGCCUAAGGGAGUGAUGAUGACACAUGCAAAUGUGCUGGCUACUGUUUCUGCUGUAAUGACUAUUGUUCCUGGCCUGGGAAGCAAAGAUGUUUACCUGGCAUACCUUCCCCUGGCUCACAUCCUUGAAUUGGCAGCUGAGAAUGUCAUUGCUGCUGUGGGAAGUGCGAUAGGCUAUGGAACUGCAUUGACUCUUACUGACACAUCGAGCAAGAUAAAGAAGGGAACGAGAGGGGAUGCCACUGCCUUGGCACCGACAGUGAUGACAGCUGUCCCAGCAAUUCUUGAUCGCGUGCGAGAUGGGGUGCGGAAGAAGGUAGAUGCAAAGGGUGGAUUCUCCAAAAGACUUUUUGAUAUAGCAUAUGCUCGUCGGUUGUCUGCAAUAAAUGGCAGUUGGUUUGGAUCUUGGGGCCUUGAGAGGGUUCUAUGGAACUUUCUGGUGUUCCGGAAGGUUCAAGCAAUUCUUGGAGGUCGUAUCCGCUUCAUACUUUCUGGAGGCGCUCCUCUUUCUGCUGAUACCCAAAGAUUUAUCAACAUAUGUCUUGGGGCUCCCAUUGGUCAAGGGUAUGGACUCACAGAGACUUGUGCUGGUGGGACAUUCUCAGAAUUUGACGAUACAUCUGUGGGCCGUGUUGGUGCUCCACUUCCUUGUUCAUUUGUUAAGUUAGUAGAUUGGCCUGAAGGUGGAUAUCUAACAACUGAUUCACCAAUGCCUCGUGGGGAAAUAGUAGUUGGUGGUCCUAAUGUUACACUUGGUUAUUUCAAGAAUGAUGGGAAAACAAAGGAAGUAUAUAAGGUGGAUGAAAGAGGAAUGAGGUGGUUCUACACAGGUGAUAUAGGACAAUUCCAUGCUGACGGUUGCCUUGAGAUUAUUGAUCGCAAGAAGGAUAUAGUUAAACUUCAGCAUGGCGAAUAUGUCUCCUUAGGGAAGGUUGAGGCUGCACUGGUUGUGAGCCCAUACGUCGACAAUCUCAUGAUCCAUGCUGAUCCUUUUCAUAGUUAUUGUGUGGCUCUUGUGGUGGCAUCACAGCCUGCAGCGGAAGAGUGGGCCUCAAAGAAAGGAAUUUCAUUCUCUGAUUUUGCUGAACUUUGUGAGAGGGAAGAAACAAUAAAAGAAGUGCAUUCUUCACUUGUCAAGGCAGCCAAGGAGGCACGCUUGGAGAAAUUUGAGAUCCCGGCGAAGAUUAAACUGCUUCCAAAUCCAUGGACUCCUGAAUCUGGCCUAGUUACGGCAGCUCUCAAGCUCAAGAGAGACAACGUCAGAAAAGCAUUCUCAGAGGACCUCUCUAAGUUGUAUGCAUGAUUCAUGUACUAUUGCACGGGCUGGUUCUUACAGAAUCUUCAACGGCUCAGUAUGAUGUCAAAAUCUUUCUCAAUUUUGCUCUUUUACUCAAUUUCCCUUCUGCUGUCUUGUCAGAAAUCUCUUCUGUGAUAAUAGGGCACCGUGCUAAUUUUGCAGGACGAGUAAAGUGCAAGCUAUCACACCAGAUAGUUAGUGUACGUAGCUUCCCCGGAUUAAUUAUUGCCAUCUUCUACAUUCAUUGUCUUGAACUCAGGAAAAUCAUUCUACUCUCUGUCUCUA